CCGGCCCACUUGACAGCCAUAGUGUAAAGAUACUUUUCCCUAAAUUUGAAUUAGUGAUUUUAGUUUUGGCCUUCGGGCAUCCAUCUACUGGAUAAGGAAAUCCUGAAACAGAGCGUUUUCCCGUUUUCUCCUCUACCCCCCCUCUCUUCCUUUCAUCCUCACAGUCAUCAACAACAAUGUCUCUCCCCCUCAAAACCUUGCCCACUUCCACCACACUAACCCCCUUAACAACAUCUCUCCACUCUCCAUUUCUCCCCAUUUUCCAUCUCCCCAAACUCAAAACCCCUAAACCCCUUUCAGUCCGCAUCUCAAAAUCUCCAUCUAUCUCCGCCUCACUCGAAGCCGGAGUCGGAGUAAUGGCAACUAAGCUUGGCAUGAUGAGUUUCUUCGAAGAAUCAGGAACAUUUGUCCCUGUAACUGUAGUUGGAUUUCGGGAGGGAAAUAUAGUUACUCAGAUUAAAACUGAUGCUAUUGAUGGUUAUAAUGCAGUACAAGUUGGAUAUCGAAGAGUUCGGGAUAAAAAACUUACUAAACCUGAAAUGGGUCAUCUUGAAAAAUCCGGGAUUAUUCCGUUGAGACAUUUGCAAGAGUUUCGUCUUCAGAGUGUUGAUGGUUUUGAGGUUACCCAGAAACUGGAUUUUAAUGAGCUUUUUAAAGAAGGUGAUUUGGUUGAUGUCUCUGGUACAACCAUUGGAAAAGGAUUUCAAGGUGGUAUCAAGAGACAUAAUUUCAAGAGGGGCCAAAUGACUCACGGAUCAAAGAGUCAUCGACAAUUAGGAUCAAUUGGUGCUGGGACAACCCCAGGGCGUGUAUAUAAGGGCAAGAAAAUGCCCGGAAGAAUGGGAGGCACCAAGACAAAGAUUCGAAAGCUGAAAAUUGUGAAGAUUGACGAUGAACUCAAUAUUCUAAUGAUCAAAGGAGCUCUUCCCGGUAAGCCCGGGAAUCUUUUGCGGAUAGCUCCAGCGAAGAUUGUAGGCAAAAACAUCCCCAAGAACUAAUUUUUCUCUCUUCUCAACUCUAUGAAGUGAUGUAAUUUGUUCUUUUAAAUUAUGCUAGCUUUAAAUUUUGAUA